GUGUUGGCAGGCCAUGAAGGGCCAGUUGCAUGCAUUCAUUUUAGUCCUGUUACUGCUCUAUUAGCAACGGCUUCAUGGGAUAAAACAGUUAAAUUGUGGGAUGUGUUUGAAAAUAAAGGAUCUAGAGAAACACUUCACUUGUCAACUGAUGCACUUUGUGUAGCUUUUCGACCUGAUGGAAAAGAGUUGGCAGUAGGCAGCCUAGAUUCUCAGAUAACCUUUUGGAAUGUGGAAAGUGCCACUCAAACCGGAUCCAUAGAAGGAAAAUUUGACAUUGCUGCAGGUCGAUCAUCUUCUCAAUUAGUCACUGCCAAAAAAACUGCUUCUUCAAAAUCAUUCACAAGCUUGUGCUACUCAGCUGAUGGUAAGUGCCUACUUGCUGCAGGCAAAUCAAAGAAUGUCUGUAUUUAUAGUAUUGCAGAGCAGAUGUUACUUAAGAAGUUUGAAAUAUCCACCAACAUGUCUCUUGAUGGCAUGCAAGAAAUGUUAAAUCGACAUAAAAUGACAGAAUUUGGAGCAAUGGCAUUGAUUGACACUGCUAGUGAUGGAAGUGCAGGCCAGCAUCUUUGUUUACCAGGUGUUACAAAAGGGGACAUGAGUUCACGAUUCUUCACUCCAGAGGCUAAAGUGUCUUGUGUGCGCUUUUCACCAACAGGUUAAUUCUUCUCGUUUAAAUAUAUUAUACAAUUCACAUGUAACACAAUGUUGUUAGGGAAAAGCAAAAUAAGUAUCUAAUGUUGUAAUUGCAUGUAAAAAAAAAUCAGAUUUCAGCAGUGUUUAAAUUGAUUGUGAUUUUAAUAGCAACUCUCGAAAUAAACAUUUAGCUUCUUGUGUAAAAUUUUGUCUUGUUUCAUAUUGCUACUAAAGAAGGUGAUUAUACUUUUUAGGUUCAUUAUGGUUUCUGUUGAUUUGAGUUACAUAAACAUUCAAAUAUAUUUUAGCAUUUUUAAAGUUAUUAAAAGUUUACUUUUAGAAUAGUUAUUACUGUAUCAGCUUUAAUGAUAAAUGCAUUCUAAAUAUUUGAAAAUGAUGUGAACAAUAUCUUACAGACUACACUGUAUAUCAACCACAAGUGUUUUUUGACACAGCCAACUUUGUUGACUCAUUAGGGAGCUUUCGAUUGCAUGACUACGGUAGGACGUAGCAAGUAAUGAUGUCACUAAGUCAUCUGCGCAUGCGAGAACGUUAAGGUGACCUCGUCGAGUAGAUUCUGGAACGCAAUUUGGCCAAAUCUA